AUGGCGACGACGAACAACAGGUUCUUCACAAUCGGACUCGUCGCGUCAUGGUACUCCUCAAACAUCGGAGUCUUACUCCUCAACAAGUACUUACUAAGCAACUACGGUUUCAAGUACCCAAUCUUCUUAACCAUGUGCCACAUGACCGCUUGCUCUCUCCUCAGCUACGUCGCCAUCGCGUGGAUGAAGAUGGUCCCUAUGCAGACCGUUCGAUCCCGUGUUCAGUUUCUCAAGAUCGCGGCGUUGAGUUUAGUGUUCUGUGUGUCGGUGGUGUUUGGGAAUAUUUCGCUUAGGUUUUUACCGGUUUCGUUUAAUCAAGCGGUUGGGGCUACGACGCCGUUUUUUACUGCGGUGUUUGCGUAUUUGAUAACGUUGAAGAGGGAGGCUUGGUUGACUUAUGUAACGCUUCUCCCUGUUGUUACUGGUGUUGUUAUUGCUAGUGGGGGAGAACCAAGUUUCCACCUGUUUGGAUUCAUUAUGUGCAUUGCAGCUACCGCUGCGAGAGCACUUAAAUCAGUUCUUCAAGGGAUUUUGCUAUCUUCUGAAGGGGAGAAGCUAAAUUCCAUGAAUCUCCUCCUUUACAUGGCUCCCAUAGCUGUUGUGUUUCUUCUUCCUGCCACACUUAUCAUGGAGAAGAACGUUGUUGGCAUUACUAUUGCACUUGCUAGAGACGAUUUUAGAAUCGUUUGGUAUCUGCUUUUCAAUUCUGCCCUCGCUUAUUUCGUGAACUUGACUAAUUUCUUAGUCACUAAACACACCAGCGCUCUUACUCUGCAGGUGCUAGGAAACGCCAAAGGUGCAGUAGCAGUUGUGAUUUCGAUUUUAAUAUUCAAGAAUCCUGUCUCAGUGACUGGAAUGUUAGGUUACUCACUCACUGUCUUUGGAGUUAUUCUCUACAGCGAAGCCAAGAAACGAAGCAAAUGA